AUGGAUGCGUCUGUAUUUAAUUCAUUGCUAUGCAUUAACGUGGCAGAGGAAGGUGUAUACGGCGACUCAGAACACAGUGAUGCUCCGGACGUGGAAACGUCCGACGACUAUGUGCCCUCGGACACGGAUGGGGGCGACUCCUCGGAUGAGGAAGAGUAUGUGCCGGACCCCGGGGUUUUAGCUGAUGAUGGUUGCCCGACUUUCACUGUAACUUUGGACAGCACAAACAUUUCCCGUUCUCUAGAGAUUCCGAUGGCGUUUUGGCGUCGCCACAUUCGGAUGAUAUCACUUCAAGAUCCGGUUUACUUCAACGUGAACGGAGACUCGUGGUUCAUUGUUCUGGACCACAGUGACACCAAGAUUUGGGUUAAACGUGGAUGGCGGCGUUUCAAAAUUGCCAACAACAUCGUUGUUGGUACGCGCUGCCACUUCAAGCUCAUUGAUCGGAUUGACGUCCAGUUUUAUGUAUGGUUUGAUCGACCGUAA